AUGUUAGCAGUACAAACAUUCUUUAUUACAUAUUUUCAUUAUGUCUAUGGAAUGUUCAAAAUUGCUGGCUAUCGUAUCGAGCAUGCAAUAAACAUGAAUAUUCAACAAGGUAUUACGCCGAAGAAUAAGAUUUUAAUGAGCGAAGGCAUAAUUUGUGCCGUCGAUAUUCACGGACAAGCCAUGAAAUUGUGCAAAUAUUUGCUUUCUAAAUUCGAGGUAAUGCUGUUCUUUUUUAUAAUAAUUAGCGUGGCUUGCUUAGCUCUAAGUCUGUUUCAAGUAAGUUUUCUGUUUCAUAUUGUACAAUAA